CCUCCACCGCCGCACACGCGAACCAACCCCCCGCCCCCACCUACCUUCCGUUACACGCUGCUGCUGCGCGCGCGCCGUCGCGUCGCCAUGGUAGCAGCCAUGGAGGAGGAAGCGUCCAAAGGAGGGUCAGCGGAAGCUCUCGCCGUCGCGAAUCCUGCCUGCCAGGUCGCCACCGCCACAGGGUCGGGCGACGGGGCGGACCAUCCCGCCGGCGAACCCUGCGCGACGGUUACAAGCCCGCCGCCGUCCCGUAAUAACAGUUACGCGGCCGUCGUCAUCGGCGGCACCUUCGACCGCCUGCACCGCGGCCACCACCUCUUCCUCCAGGCGGCGGCGGAGCUGGCGAGGGAGCGGGUCGUGAUCGGCGUCUGCGACGGCCCGAUGCUCGCCAAGAAGAAGUACGGUUACCUGAUACAACCCAUCGAGACACGGAUGGAAAAUGUCAAGGAUUAUAUCAAGUCUAUCAAGCCGGAUCUUGAGGUUCAUGUCGAGCCAAUCAUCGACCCUUAUGGCCCCUCCAUUGUCGAUGAGGCUCUGGAGGCAAUCGUUGUCAGCAAGGAGACAUUGCCAGGUGGACAUGCUGUCAACAGGAAGAGGGCAGAGAGAGGCCUAACACAGCUGGAGAUUGAGGUGGUGGAACUAGUGCCAGAGAAAUCUACAGGAAACAAGAUCAGCUCUACAGGGUUCAGAAAGAUUGAGGCCGAAAAGGCACUGCAGCAGCAAAUGCUGGACCAGCAGGAGGAGCAACAAGCAGUUGAGUUGGAGUGCAGGGCAUAGCCAACCAUCUUAUCCUGUCAAGUUCAGCUGGCAGAUUAAUGCACUGCAAAUCGUGUGAUUACAAGUUCUACUUUACAUACAAAAGAGUACUUAAAAAGGAUAGCAGUAGAGCACUGCUCUUGUAAAAAAUGGUUAGCAGCUAUAUUGGCACUUUGGCAGUACAGAAUUUUCAAAUCAGUACCUAUAACCAUAAAGAUGACAAAAUUUCACAGUUUUCCAAA